AUGGCGCCAACAACAAUAACAAUAACCUCUUCUCCCCCUCCAUCAUCGUCGUCGUCAUCGUUUGUCUCAACUGCAGAGCGCAAAUAUGGUCGCAAUGCUCUGGCCAAUCUCUUCGACAAAAGGGCAAAAGACCCUUCUUCCUCGAAGCGGGUGUUUGCGCAUGUCCUCAAGACGCCCAAUCCAGCAGAUGGGUUUGACAGUAUCACAUUCUCUACCGUGGCAAAUGCAAUUAAUAGGGCUGCGUGGUGGCUCGUCAAUGAUAUCGGGCUCGCCGAUGGAGAUGUGUUUGGAUAUAUGGGACCUCCUGAUCUGAGAUAUCUUAUCCUGAGUAUGGCGGCAACAAAGACCGGUAGGAAGAUCAUGCUACCGUCGUUGAGAAAUACAAUUCCGGCACAAAUAACGUUGUUCGAACGCACCAACACCCGUAUCAUUCUCUACGGAGGCGAAUUGGAAAAGAAUCUACAGUCACUAUUUGCAGCAGUGCCGGCAAUCGAGAAGAGAGAGGCACUUGGAUACCAGGAACUUAUUGAUGAGACCAGCGUACCCCAUUACGAGGCGCAGGAACUGUCAGACGAAAAGCUACAUGAGCCGAUUUUCCUUCUACACACGUCUGGCUCUUCAGGAAACCCUAAGCCUGUCGGACAGAGUGCGGCAUUCUGGCUGCGUGCGCUUGCCUUCCUCGAUGUCCCUGAUGACGGCGGGAUUCAUAAUGUUGUUAACGUUGUUGGAGGAAAAGCUCUGUUGCAAUUUUUUCCUUCGUUUCAUAUGGCCGGACUAUACUUUCAAAUACUGGCAGCAUUUCUGGAUAAGUCUUCAUUGAUCUUGAACCAUGCAGCAGCACCAAUCACAGGCGAACAUGUCCUCAAAAUGCUCAACUACGGAGUUGCAACUGCAUUAGCUGCCGCUGAUUCAAUUCUGUCAGACCUGUCGAAGUCCAAGGAAGGCCUCGACGCUCUCUCCAAACUCGACAUGGUCGUCUACGGCGGCGGGCCUCUCUCGCCACAAACCGGAAGCACGCUCGCCCCAUACGUGAAGAAUAUGUCCAGCCUCCUUGGAAUGACCGAAAACGCACUUUUCCAUUGUGUCCAGCUGAAAGGCACCAGUCACUGGGACUGUCUCAAGUUCAACAGCCACGUUGGGUAUCAUUUCGCGGAGGCAUCGCCCGGUAGAUAUGAGCUGAUCAUCUCAUUCAGUCCGAAAUACGCCAUGUUCCAUCCUGCUGCCUUGAUUUUUCCCAAUUUGCGGGAAUACGCAACGAAAGAUCUCUAUUCACGCGUGCCCGGAGUUCAGAAUUGCUACCGCUACGAAGGCCGCAAGGAUGAUCUGAUUGUUCUCUCAAACGGCGAGAAGAUCAACCCACGUCCCAUGGAGGCGAUAGUGGCCAGUCAUGCGGCGGUCCAGAGUGCGUUGUUCGUGGGGGAAUACCGGUUCCUGCCGUCACUACUCAUCGAGCUUCGAGAUGGAUACGCAGUGAACAAUGAAGAAGAGACUCGGGCAAUGGUUGACACGCUUUGGGGAACCAUUAGCAAAGCCAAUCUGGAAGCGCCGCGGUUCUCGCGUGUGCCAAAGUCGCUGGUUUAUAUUCUUUCGCCCGCCGAGUCGUUCAGUCGAAGUGGGAAGAUGACUGUUCAGCGGCAAAUUACGGUUAGCAAGUUUGCUGCUCAGAUUGAUGCACUCUAUGCGGCUGCUGGGGAGGGUUUGUUGACCGAGGGAUUGGGGCCGUUGGAUUCGUCUAGCCCUGAAUCAAUGGUGAAGCUGGCUAGGAAUUUGUAUAUACAGGCUUUAUUUUCUGAAGACGCAGAGAAUAAAGGGCUGGGGGAUGAUGACGACGUGUUUGAACUAGGCAUGGACUCACUGCAAGUGGCUGUGUUGGUUCAGAAAUUGAAAGCUGCACUGAGGACACAGAAUCUCAAGGCUGCUAGCGACAAGAUUAGUCCACAUUUCUUCUAUACUUCGCCAUCAAGCAGCAAGCUCGCUCGCUCAAUUGAUCAUCUUAUCAAUGGAGCGGAUAGUGUCAAGGGUCACGGCAUCGACAUGUAUACCGAUCGGCGGGCUCGCAUACAAUAUAUGAUUGAUAAAUAUUCCACAGGUCUAGACGAGAAACUCCCACCAAAGGGAACGCGUGCAGAUAACCUGACAGUCAUCCUCACCGGAUCCACAGGCUCAUUGGGGAGCUAUCUACUUCAUUCUCUGACCGAGUCACCCCGAAUAUCCAAGGUGGUCUGUCUCAACCGGUCUACCAAGUCUCAACAGAGGCAGACAGCAGGCAACAAGUUGAAAGAACUACCCACACCAUGGGAAUCGUCAGAUAGCGACAAGACAAAAUCCAAAACAGCCGUGCAAUUCCUGACAGCAGACUUUUCGAAGCCGGACUUGGGUCUCGGAGGAGAAACUUACAGCCACCUCCUAGCGACAGUCGACGCGAUUAUCCACUGUGCAUGGAAAGUCGACUUCAACCAUACCAUUGAGUCCUUCGAGAAAGGGCACAUUGCAGGAACACGCCACUUUAUCGACUUUAGCAGGAAAUGUCAGUAUCGGGCUCCAAUUGUGUUUAUUUCGAGUAUCUCGACGAUAUUCAAUUGGAGGCACACGCACCCUGGCCAGGCCGUACCGGAAUCAAGUAUCCAUGACGUCGACAGUCCCGAGUUUCUGGGGUAUGGAGAGUCCAAGUACGUGGCGGAAAGAUUGGUGGAGGCGCACAGUGCGUCGUCGGGGUUUACGUCUUCUUUCAUGAGGGUCGGCCAGAUCGCGGGCCCCGUGUUGUCGACUGCAGGUGUCUGGAAUGUGCAGGAAUGGUUUCCUAGUAUGCUCGCUAGUUCGAAAUAUCUGGGUCUACUUCCGGACUCCCUCGGGACAAUGGUUAUUAUCAAUUGGAUUCCCGUGGAUGUUCUGGCAAGGGUUAUUGUCCAGCUGUUGGGCACGACUUAUGAUGCUAGUGCCAGCAGCUCGCUUCUAGUAUACAAUCUAGUGAACCCUAGGGCUGUGCCAUGGUCUAAUCUACUGGAUACAGUCCGCAGGGAGUUUGGCGGACCUGACAAGACCCGUACUGUCUCGUUGACCGAGUGGGUAGAGGCGCUGGAACGCAGCGCGCAGGACAAUUACGGGUUUGUUGUGGAGAGCAAUCCAGCCAUUAAGUUGCUUGGUUUCUGGAAGAACGUGGCAGGCAAGAAUAAAAAUACUCGCUUUGUUGAGCAGGCGGCAAAUGGUGAGAGUACUCACGGAAAGCUUCGAGGGGAAUUUGAAGUCACGGGCCUUCAGAGAGAUAGCUCCGAGGCAUCGAGUUUGAAGGCUGUCUCGGCUGAGUGGAUGAAGAUAUGGUUGAAGCAGUGGGCUUUUUGA